AAUUCAAUUGAUUCAGUACUUGGAAGAUUUCAUCGCUCUAAGAUGCGUCUAGCUGUCGGAAUAUUUUUGGCCUUCGCCGUAUUUCUGCUGAUUGGCAGUGAAGCAGCCGUUUAUCGAGGAAUCUUCAAGGAUCCAGCCCAGCCCGGGAAGUGUGUUGUCGAAGGGCUGGUGCUAAGCUCAGGUCAGACUGCUCGCCACCCCACAAAAUGCGAGCGAAUAAAUUGCGGCAACGACGGCGAUGUAGAAUUUCACACAUGCGGUUCUUAUGGUGUACCCCCUGGCAAAAAGUUCGGCAACUACAAGAAUCCCAAAGCCGAUUAUCCAGCCUGUUGUGAUCGAGAGAUUAUAAAUGCAUAAAAAAUGUUUAAUAUGAUGCAA